UGAAGGGAGCGCGCUUGCCCCGUCCUGACUCGACGGCUGAUUCUGGCGAAGGACUCCGAGCGGCUAUGGCACUCCGGCCUGCGAAGCGGCUUUUGCGGAAGUUGGAGGUUGAGCAUGACGAAAAUCUGACGUAUUCUCAGCUGUUUCUCGCGAAUGACGACCUUCUUCCCGUUGUCUCGGAGAAGCGUACCUGGAGAACGUGGAACUUUAUCGCUUUCUGGAUUGCAGACAGCUUCAACAUUAACACAUGGAUGAUAGUCUCAUCCAUGGUCCAGCUCGGCCUCUCUUGGUGGCAAGCAUGGAUCUGCGUCUGGCUGGGCUAUUCAUUCGUUGCGCCCUUCAUCGUUCUCAAUGCCCGUCCCGGAGCUGUCUUCCAUAUUACGUUCCCCAUCGUCGCACGAACGAGCUUUGGACUGUACGGUAGCCUGUGGCCAGUUUUCAACAGAGGGGUGAUGGCCUGCAUAUGGUAUGGUGUGCAGGCCAGCAUAGGCGGAAGCUGCGUUUUUGUCAUGCUCAGAGCGAUAUGGCCAAGUGUCAACAAUAUCCCCAACCACAUGUCAGCGUCCUCAGGAAUCGAUACAAAAGACUUUAUGUGCUUCUUUCUCUUCUGGCUCAUCUCUCUUCCCGCAAUCUGGUUCCCCAUACACCAGAUUCGGCAUUUGUUUACGGUCAAAGCCAUCGUUGUACCAAUCGCAGGUAUCGCAUUCUUCAUCUGGUGCAUAGUAAAAGCGCAUGGCGUUGGCUCUGUCAUCCACCAGCCGAGCACCAUACAUGGAAGCACGCUGGGCUGGAACAUGGUCGCCAGUCUCAUGUCUUGCAUCAGCAACAUGGCGACACUGGUCACGAACGCGCCGGAUUUCGCCUCGCGCGCGACACACCCCUCAGCCACGGUGUGGCCUCAGCUGCUGGCGGUGCCCCUAGGCUUCUCGAUUGUCAGCUUCAUCGGGAUCAUUGUUAGCUCGUCAUCGCAGACGCUCUACGGCGAGGCCAUCUGGUCUCCUAUCGACCUCCUCGACAAAUUCCUCGACAACUCGCCCUCGCACGCGACGCGUUUCGGAGUGUGGUUCAUUGCCACGGCGUUCAUCAUCGCGCAGCUUGGAACGAACAUCUCGGCAAAUUCUAUUAGUGCUGGUUGCGAUCUAACCGCACUGUUUCCCCAGUACAUCAACAUCCGUCGCGGUGGCUUCGUCGCAGCAGUCGUCGGUAUCUGCAUGCUGCCAUGGAAUCUCCUGAAGAGCAGCAAUAAUUUUAGCUCGUACCUUUCGGCGUACUCUGUCUUCCUCAGCUCCAUUGCGGGUGUCAUGAUCUCCGAUUACUGGCUGGUACGCAGGGGGCGGUAUCGUGUCAAGGACCUGUACACCACAGACAGACAGGCGUGGUACUGGUAUACGUACGGUAUCAACUUCCGCGCGUACGCUGCCUACAUCGCGGGUAUCCUAAUUAAUGUUGUCGGCUUUGCCGGUGCCACCGGUCGGACGGUGCCCACGGCUGCCACACACAUCUACCAGAUGUCCUUCUUCACCGGCUUUGGAGUGUCAGCUAUAAUCUACUGUGCAUUGAGCUACACUUUCCCGCCAAUAGGAGUACAUGCAACCUUCAAAGAAGAAGACCUAUCGGAGAGCAAGGCAGAAGACGAAGGCUUGCAGGAGACGAGCAGUGUUGAGAAGAAAGAAGAAGCAUUUAUCUCCGUAGAUGUUGUGUAGUCUCUAGAGACAGUAGUGUACUACGCUCGAUCUUGCAUACCCCCAGCCGGCUGCCUGCUUUUUUCU